AGGAGGAAGUUGUCAGUGGUGCGUAUUGAACCUGUCAUAUCCUACAGCAGAUAUCCUCAAAGUUUAGAGGGGAGAAACGUAUUUUUUUCCUUUUUCCGAAGCCAAAAAAGCAACAGAAGCGAUGUCGGAUAUGGACUAAAAUAUGGAAGACCUCACUAGCAGCUGAAUCCAUCAAAAAUCAUAAAAAACUCCUUUGUUUGCUCUAAGUGCAUUCCACGGAAAGCUUCCUCACCUCCCAGGAAACAUCUGUCUGGUGUUGCAACUUUCUUCAAAAACAAACCUACAUCUCCUGACUGAUUUAUCCCUGAGCUUGAUGCUUUUUUAGUCUGGAUGUGAUUGAAUCACCUCUGGGUUGUGGAUGAAGAAGGUGGAAAAAGGAGGAGAAAACAACUGAGGAGGCAAAGAGGACAGUCUGGAAGAGGAGAAGAAAGGGAAUGCUGAUCCACAGCUCUGCUUUGGUGGCUGCGAGGUUACAGAAUAGCUGGAGGGUGCCUGGCACCUGAAGCCAAGGCAAACACACUACGCACUGGGCAUCUGAUAAAUCCUGGGCAUGAUAAAAGGAUCGGACGGAAGGAGCCCAUCGGGUUGUGUUUACCUCCAUACCCUCUGAAAAACACUGGAAAGCUUUGAAUGAAAGAGUGCAGUGUGUGUCCGGUGUCUGAGCGCUGCAGGCCGGUGAUGUGUCUGUCUGGUUGGAGAUCCAGCUACGCGGAGCUACAUUGCGCAGAUUCCACCUGCAUGAUGACAGCGAGCAGCAGCCGCAGAGUGGGAGAGGAGAGGAGAGGAGAGGAGUUCCCAGACUGUCAGCUCAGCUGCAUUUACAUCAUCACAGAGCUUCCGUAGGUGGAGAAGGAAGAGCAGGAGGCCAUGGAGGAAGACGGCACAGACGACAUCGAGUCUCUCAUGGAGAACAUGGACUACAUCCCCGGCCACUUUCACCUGGACCUCAACCUCAACUGUGAUCCCAUUGGGCCUGUGAAGCUGAGACUCAGGGACACUUACCUGAAGCAGGAGAGUCUGCAAGGAGAGCUAGAGGCUGAAGCCGGAUAUCUACAGUACGCUGUCCGAAAUCUGCUCGGCCUGCUGGCGUUUCACCUGGAACACUUGGACACAGCUGAGGAAAUAUUCAGAGGCAUUUGUAAAGAAGACCCUGGUAACCUCAAUGCCUGGGCCAACUUGGGCCAAGUGUACGACAAGCUGGGGAGAGAGCUGGAUGCAGCGGACUGUGUGGAGAAAGUGUCCGACCUUAUGGGAGUAGACGCUGGAGAGGCCUCUCAGGAAGAGACCAGGCUCAUGGCGGCUCGCUGCCUGGCUGAGCAGGCCUAUGUUUACCCCUACGAUGUGGAGCUGGACAGUGAGGACGACCUGAGAGACAGGCUGACGGCAGCGUUGACACUUUACAACAGAGCCCUGGACUAUGGGGGGCAUCUGAUACCAAUAGAGGAAAAACGAAGUUGGUAUUUUAAAAUGGCAACCAUCUAUAUAAGACUGGACGACAUAGUAAAGACCAAAGAGGACUCUGAAUACUCCAGACUCUCUCACUACAAUAAGGGACUGAAGCUUCUCAAAGAAACACUAGAAUCGGAGAAAACACAACACAAAGCUUUAGCCUGGUGUUUUGUUGGCAUCAUGUUGGAGAGGAAGGAAGAGUUCUCCACUGUGCCCAUGUCUGUUCACGACUGUGGCUACUCAGCCUCUGAUCCUCUAUCCUGCUUUGGAACUGCCAUAAACUUGGCCAGUGGUGAUGCGUUCACCCUGAACCUUCUGGCCAAGAUCUUCUUUCUGUUGGGCAAACAUGAGAUGGCCACAGGGAUCUGCAACAUGGCUCUAAACGUGCUCCCAGACCCAGAGCUCAACUGGCAGGCGUACUGCACCCGUGCCAAGAUCAAUAUGAUGCUCUACAUUAGCGACCUGGAGAAGGUAAAACAUUGUCAAGGUGGAGUCCCGGACCGACAGAAGCUAACUGAGGCCAGAAAAGACUUGGACAAGGUCCUGACUGUGCGUCAGUGUCUGCGGACUCACCUGGAGAUGGCACAGGUUUUCUACUACAUGGGUGUCGAUGCACUCCAGGAGAGUCUUUUGGUGGACGAGGGGGCAGUGAACAGCGCAUUGGUGAGUCUGUCCCACGCCCUGCAGUUUGAGCAGGGUGACAGCCUGCCGGACCUCCACGUGCUCAGAGGACGCUGCCUCCUGCUGAAGGGCGAGGACCAGAACGCUGCAGAGUGCUUUAAACGGGCGGUGGAGUUAGAGAGACCAGGGAGCUCGAACACCACCGCCCUGCGCUGCCUCCUACACGCCCUCCUGACUGUGUUCAUGCAGGGAGGACCUGACCCGAGCCUCGCCAUCACCCAGCUGGAGCUGUGGGUGCAAAAGGCAGAGGAGAGGUACCCUGAGGACAUCGUGAAGUCCGAGCUAAGGUGCCUUUACAGGACUCACACAGAAGAGGUCACAGAGUUAUCCAGGGCUCUGAUCAAGACAGGCAGACUGGACCUAGUGAGGAGGCUACUGAAAACGGUGGUGCCUAAAAAACAGGUUAAGAAGAGACCAAAACCUAGGACUCUCUCCUUUACAUGAAGCAAAUAUGUGACUUUAAUAGACAUACAGGCACAUGACCCAACCAGACCAGACAUGCAGUAAUUAAUUAACUUCUUGACAGCAUUUCACAGGUGAAAAAUGAACAGUAGCGGUACACUGUAAUUAAGCUAACUUUACUUAAAGUGUACAUGCUUUUAAAAUGUUUAUUCUAUUAUUAAGUUUAGAAAAAGUUGGAUCUACAGAGUAACCUACAGUUACAGUGUUACAGCACAGAAGGGUAUUCCUUUUAAGCUUGCUUUACGAUGGAAAAUAUAUUAUGAUAUUUGUUUUUGUAUAAAAUGAGAUGGCCAUGGCCUGGGUGUAUUUAUAAUAAAAUGGCUGUGGUCAGGAUGCCCUGUUGGCUCUUCGACAGUGGGAACAUAAAUGGCAAAUGACUGGUGUCCAACACAAGUGGUGUUAUUGCUGCUUAUUUAUAUUUAAAUCAUGUCACACUACCUCUCCUUCAGUGGGAUGUUUCAAUGCUCUACCACUGAUGACCAGCAGGUGUGGGUAUACACCAUUAAGAUGUUACCUGGAUUAUGAAAGGUCCUGUUUUUGUCUAUGAAUAAAAGACUAGUUUUUGAA